AUGUCGCACCAUGUGAAAUACUCAGUACUGGCUUCUUUGCUAGCAACGACACCCCAUGCUCAAUCCUCUUCCAACUCCGGCUCUCAGACGUUGACAUGCGACGAUCUCUCUGGAGGCCUCGCAUACUAUGCUUCUGUCACCCACAAUACAACGGCUAUAAAAUUUGCCUAUCUUGGGGCCAACGAUGGUGUGACUAUCUCAAGAGACGAUACGGCCACUUGGAAGAUCUCAUCCCGCAUUGGGCCUGCAUAUGAUAGCGAUGGUGUCAUGUCCAGUGAAAACCAAACGCAAACUGUUCUAUGGCUUGAUACUGAAGACACAGACAUGGAGCGUCUGGGCGACCAUAUCGGCCUGUGCCACAACUAUAUUCCGUUGCAGGACCACCGGACUGGGAAUAUGACGUGGAGUAGAGAAGUCUUGGAGAGGUCGCAGCAAGAUAAUGGGGAUUGCAAGACGAUGCUAGGAGAAGAUUGUGUUGCGGCACUGGAAAGGUGGUACGCGGGUCAAGGCCUUAGUGUAUGGAGUACUGAUAGGUACCCCGCAUGCACCGCUAUUCAAAACACUAUGCCUCCUGAAUGCGAAGGCAUGCUGACUGAACCUGUUACCAUGGACGCUCUCGCUCUUAAUACCUCCGCUGAAGACCGCGUCUGGAGAUGGGACAGGGGUGUCAAUGUAACCUCAUACCCGGAAGGCGCUACAGUACCGACUUGCGGCGACCGAAAUCUGAGCAGGAGCUGGGGAGACAGGAUCUACUCCACAACUGAGUAUGAUUUGGCACUCAACUUCCCUAUUGUGGAUAUUAUGAUGUUCUACCCCACAGUUCCAGUCACUAGAGACGUAUCUACCAGGAGCAUUUAUACAGAGGUUAUUUGUUUGAAGCCUGAAAACAUACAAGGGAAUAGCCGGGCACCGAGGACUGCAAAAGAUGUACUCGAUAAAAACUAUGGUCCGCAGGACGAUGAGUCUAGUGCCGAGAGAGCUUUCGGAUGGGGUAGCAGGCCUGCGCUGGCACCGGUAGUUAGCAUGGUGGUCGUAGUGUGGCUGGGAGUGUGA